AAUGGGGUUGAGGUUUUGUUUGCAAGUGUAGCAGUGAAAAACACUUGUUACAUUAGAUAAAGAAAGGAAGAGCAACAAGAGUGUAUCUUUAGGAGGUCAGCAACAGCAAGCUUUGCUUCCUGAGCUAAACAACCUAACGUUAUUUAGGGAGCUGUGGUUGCGUGAGUUACGUUCUAAUUCUUGUUUCCUGUUUUUGGGGUCUUGAGUAAAGGGAAUCUCUCCUGGUUUUAUCAUCUCUUUUCUCUUUUUAUGCUCUCCUCCCUCCCCUCGUUUCUUCGUGUCUAAAAAAAUCACCUUUCUUUAUCGAGUCCUAGAAAAGAGAGAGUAUGACAGAGAGAGAGAGAAAGCAAGAAGAACCCACUAAAGCGUGCAAAAAAACAAAGGAAAAGCUAGAUAAGAACCCACCCUUCUUAUCAUAGCUCUCUACCAAUCCUCUGCACUUUGAGUUGUUUAAAACACUUUGUUCUGGUGGAGGAUUUUUUUUCUCUUUGUGGGGUUUUCUAGUUUGAAGUUGUGAUUUUUUAUAUUGCGUUUUUGGCCUGGCUUUUCCGGUUUUAUAUGUGUUGGUUUUAAGGAAUUAAUGGUUGUGGCUCUCUAAGCUGGACACUUCUUGCGUUGUUAGCUAAGAUUUUCAGAGUUCUAUCACUCCUUCCUACAAGCGUUUUUCAUAGCUAAAGCCUAAAGGAAGUUUGUUGAUUUCAUGAUGUGCGUCUUCAUUGUUUUGAGCUUUGGUUGAGUGACUCCUUUUAAAUUAAAAUAAGUUUGUUUCUAGUUCUUGGUCUUCAAAGUUAUAGUAAAAAGGUGAAUUUUUUUUGGGUUAGUUGGGCAUCUAUUCCAUCCUGUUAAGGAGAUGGAGAGCGGUUGCUCAAAGAAUGGUGAAGCAUGUCCUCAACUUCUUGAUUUGAUUCCUCAAGAAAGAGAGUGGUAUGUAAAGAGAGAAGAGGAUAGAAGACACGGAUCCUCAGAGGAGAGGAAGCUGGAAUUGAGGCUUGGUCCCCCGGGUGAAGAUAGCUGGUCCAUCGAAGACACAACCAAAAGCAACAGGGAGAGAGAUGAGUCUUUACUCUCUCUUGGAUGCUUCUCUUCAAUGAAGAGCAAUGGAAAACAAACACAUAAGUUUCCAUCUCCAGAAGACCACCCGGUUGGGUCAGUUUUGUCCACUCCAUGGGCCAAAACCCUCCAGCAUACGCAUCAACAUCAGACAAAGCCUCCCUUAUUUCUUCAGUUCCCAUCAACAGCCCCACAAAGCAUGCCUGUUAUAGCAAAGGGAUCGUCACAGCCCUGUUGCAAUAAAGCGGUAGACUUGCAGAAUGCAGAGAAAAAAGCAUUUUCACCUCCUGCAAAUACAGCUGUGCCUCUCAACAGUUCUCAGAAAAGAACUGCUCCAGGUCCAGUUGUGGGUUGGCCUCCAAUUCGUUCUUUUAGGAAAAAUCUUGCCUCCAGCAGCUCUUCAAAACUAGCUUCUGAAUCACCCCGUGUGGUCCCCCACAAGGUUGCUAAUGAAAAAGCAGCAGCUGAAACAAGUGGUAGAGGCCUGUUUGUGAAAAUCAACAUGGACGGAGUUCCAAUUGGAAGGAAAGUGGAUCUCAAGGCCUAUGACAGCUAUGAAAAACUGUCAACUGCUGUUGAUGAACUCUUCAGAGGCCUCAUUGCAGCUCAAAGAGAUUGCUCUGCUGGUGGAAUAGUGAACAAGCAAGAGGAAAAGAAAGUGAUUACGGGCGUACUGGAUGGAAGUGGAGAAUAUAGGCUUGUUUAUGAGGAUAACGAAGGAGACAGGAUGCUUGUUGGGGAUGUCCCUUGGCACAUGUUUGUAGCGACAGUGAAGAGGCUGCGCGUGUUGAAGAGCACUGAACUAUCAGCACUCAGCCUUGGAAGCAGUAAGCAGGGAAAGAUGCAGGCUUGACUGCCUCGAAAACUAGAGCUUUGCCCUGAAGAUUCUCCACCAAAGUUUGAAGAAACAGGCUCUAAAUUGUGUUCACGUUUUGACAUUUUGCUCCUCUAUGUUGUAUGGAACUCGAUGCACUCACAGUAUAUAUAAGUAGUUUUAUAUGUAAUUUUUGACGUCUUUCCCUUUGUUUAACAUGCAUUUUUUCUCUACAUCAAUGCCAUUUGGAACAGUGUUAUGAAGCAAGCAAGCAAUAUCUCUCUCGGAGUUCUGAUGAGCAACUUUUUUUUUGUACUUAGUAUUAAAAACAACCCAUUUCAGGAUGGUGAAAGAACGCUUAGGCUUUGAAAGUGCGUUGAACUUUGAGGCCUCUAAGCAAAAGAAGUCCAGUUCCAAGUUCCUGAAAAGUGAAGGAAUAAUGGGUUGUAAAGUUGAAAACACUUUUUUCUUUCUUUCGAUUCAUGACCUAUCGAACCUCGCUGCAAUAGAAUACCAGUACUCUAAUUCGAACCGUUCUUUUCGUUCAAAAGGGCGAGCCCCAAAGCACAUUCUAAUCCCUUUCGGUACCAUAGGGGCAAGAUUUGGACCGUUGAUCCAUCAAUAACCAAAUUUAUAUAAAUAGAUUGUUUGGUUUGGAUGAGUAUUUUAAGUCUAUGGGCGGUGUGAAAUUGAGGGUAUAAAAAGGGGGAAACAAAGAGGUUUGGGGGAGGAUUGAAGGGUCGUUAUCAUCGAGAGCUGCCUAACUUUGGGCCCAAAAACAAGACUGGUCUCAUCUCAAUGACGUGUCACGUGUGGGAAUGUAAACGCAUGUGCGUUUUGCCCUUCCUUACCUUCGAGAGUUUGGUUGGUCGGAACACGUGUGCUUGUUGUUGACCAAAACAACGGACACAUCUCUUCUAACUUGUAAGCUUAGCCAUAUUACUCUGUUCCUCUUUUUGUUUCCCAAAAUUUGAUACCAAUUAUAUACUAUAAGCUUGAAACUUUUUGAGGGUUUAUUUUA